GCUGUCGCCCAUUUAGUGACGUCGCAUAAGCGCGACAGAAACGUACAGUGCAGCAGCGGCCUGUGUUCUCACCUGAUCGCUGUAAUUUUUUCUCUUCGGUGGAGGAUUUCUCUCUACAGUCCGUCACCAGCAUGAAACUAGUCCGGUUUUUGAUGAAACUCAGCCAUGAGACGGUCACCAUUGAACUGAAGAAUGGCACCCAGGUCCAUGGCACCAUCACAGGUGUUGAUGUGAGCAUGAACACCCACCUGAAGGCAGUGAAAAUGACCCUGAAAAACAGGGAGCCCACUCAGCUGGAGUCACUGAGUAUCCGUGGCAACAACAUUCGCUACUUCAUCCUUCCCGACAGCCUCCCCCUGGACACCCUGCUGGUUGACAUCGAGCCGAAGGUCAAGUCCAAGAAGAGGGAAGCAGUGGCUGGACGGGGACGAGGCAGAGGACGAGGUCGUGGCAGAGGAAGAGGACGAGGCCGGGGCGGCCCGAGGAGAUGAUCGCCAGGCCGCACGUUUUCAGGCCAACACCUCACUGUUUGUACAGGAUUUUUCUUCUUUUUUUUUUCUCGGAGGAAACAUUUUGUGAAUUUCCAUGUGUUUUUGUUCAAGUUUUUUUUGUUUUUCCUUAUUUUGUACAUUAAAGUCCUUAUGAAGAGGAUA